UAAAAUGGCUACCUUCAAUUCCGAAGACCUAUUCCUGAGUCGAGCGAAGUUUGUAAUGAAAUUUUUGGGAGUAUGGAUGCCUCCUGUUGACGAGACUUUGCCGCGAAAGUUGUUCAAAAUAUUUAUGUUGACAUUGCAAUACUUAUUUCUGAUUUUUCAAACGAUCUACAUCACGCAGAUAUGGGGGGAUUUGGAGGCGGUGUCGCAGCCUUCAUACUUGCUGUUCACACAAGCAUGCCUCUGUUUGAAGAUAACGAUAUUUCACGUGAAUAUUGACAACCUCAGAGAACUUUUGAAGCAAAUGGGGUCUGAAGUCUUUUUGCCGCAAUCUCGUGUUCAUGAAGAGAUCCUCAAGACGCAAGCUGCAAGGAUCAAAAGAUUUUUGCUAGCGUUCAUGAUCAGCUCCCAAAUCGUGUGCACGAUCUGGGUCGUUCAUCCGAUGCUCCAAAAAACUGGUCCUCGGAAAUUCCCCUUUGAUAUGUGGAUGCCAGUGUCUCCAGACGAUUCACCCCAGUACGAAAUUGGGUACGCCUUCCAACUGCUCACCAUUUGCAUGAGCGCCUACAUGUACUUUGGGGUAGACAGUGUGGCUCUCUCUUUGGUAAUCUUCGGGUGCGCUCAGGUCGAAAUCAUCAAGGACAAGAUUUUGAGUAUAUCGCCAGUACAACAUAGAUUGAAAGAAAGUGAACGUAAAAUAAUCUAUGAAAAAAAUCACAAGAUUCUCGUGGAGUGCGUUAUUCAACAUCAGGCUGUUGUGACAUUCACUCAGCUAGUCGAAGACACGUAUCACUGGUACCUGCUGUUCCAACUCACCGGGGACGUAGGCGUCACCUGCAUGAGCGCUCUAAACAUUCUGGCUCAAGAAGUGCGCAGUCUGCAGUUCGUUACUAUCCUGAUAUACGUCAUCGUGAUGUUGAGUCAACUGUUCAUAUGCUGUUGGUCGGGGCACGAGUUAACUGCUACUAGCGAAGGCCUCCACACAGUUCUAUACCAGUGUAUAUGGUACGAACAAGACCUGAAAUUCAAGCGAGACCUGCGUUUCGUCAUGAUGCGCAUGAGUCGCCCGAUGGUCCUUCGAGCCGGACACUACAUCGGCAUGUCUAGGCAGACGUUCGUAGCUGUCCUUCGCAUGUCUUAUUCUUACUUCGCUGUAUUGAAUCAAGCUAAUAGGGUAGAGCAACAAUAAGAAGGCUUCAUAGUAUUAUUACUUAUAAUAUUUAAAAGCAAUUAAAU